UCUAUCUGGUUAAUGCUGCUGGUAUAGCAUAUAGUUGCUGCAGGGUACAGAAGAAAGAGUAAUCCCGUGGGCUUGCUUACAAUCCUGCUCGCAUUUCUCGUGCGGUUGUCGUCUCGGAAAGUUAUCUCGGGGUAGUGUCGAAAAAAAAUAAAAAAAAAACUUUAGGCCUUCCGACAUUUAUCCCGAUCAUGGCGCAACUUUUGGCUCUUUUGUUGGUUCUGUUGGUGUGCGUAAUUGUCAAUGUUCAAGGACAAGCACUGACUGACGAAAAAUUUACGAUUGGUCAAUCGUUCGGUGAUAUUGUGGUGUCAUCGGAUUUGAGCGUUAAAAGAAAAUCUAAAGAGAAUCGCCAAGACAAAAAUAUACUGAUGAACGUGCCAUCAGGAACCACAGGACCUGGCAAACCUACGGAAAUGGCUUUUAGGCUCGUGUCCAGUGACGGCAGUCGGAUCAAAGACGUACCGAACAAACGGCAACGACGUACAACUCAAUGGGCACUAGAACACUGGAUACUUAAUUCUGAAAAUCAAUCUCGGUGAAUAAAUUAGCACGCUUCGUUGAAGACAACAACCGCACGAUUCUUCACCACCCUAUCUGUGAUCACACGUUUCGGCCUGCUUUCGGACUUUGGCUGUAACAAAAGUAUAAUAAAAUUAGCAGUCACAUAACAAAAAA